UCGAGAUGAACGUGACUCUGCGCCGGAGAAAGUGAUGGUCGCUGUCAAAGUGAUGAUGGUGAUCAGGAGAUGUUACCGGAUCGGAUAUCUCAGAUCUCGGAGUCCUGUUCUCAGAUGGUGCUUCAACUUCACGAUCAAAUUGAGUUCUGUUCUUCACUAUGGUCAUGCAGCUGCUCCAAAUGAUAAGACCUUGAAUGAUGGAGAUAUGUCUCUUCUAGAUAUGGGAGCUGACUAUCAUUUUUAUGGGUCUGACAUAACUUGUUCAUUCCCGGUAAAUGGAAGAUUCACCAGUGACCAAAGUCUCAUAUAUAAUGCUGCAUUGGAUGCACACAGUGCUGUCAUUGUUUCCAUGAAGCCUGGAACGAAUUGGGUAAAUAUGCACAAAUUAGCUGAGAGAGUUAUCCUUGAGGCAUUGAAGAAAUGGAGCCUCCUUUUAGGUGAUAUUGAUGACAUGAUGUCAAAACGAUUGGAUGCAGUUUUCAUGCCACAUGGUCUUGGCCAUUUCCUUGGAAUUGAUACCCAUGAUCCUGGGGGCUAUCUAAAGGGUGUAGAAAGACCCACUGAUUCGGGCUUAAAGUCUUUGCGUACAAGUAGAGAACUUCAAGAAGGAAUGGUGAUAACAGUGGAGCCGGGUUGCUACUUCAUAGACGCUUUGCUUGGUCCAGCCAUGAAAAAUCCAACCAUUUCAAAGUUAAUUAACUGCGAAGUGAUUAAGAGAUUUGAGGGGUUUGGUGGAGUUAGAAUUGAGAGUGACUUGUAGGUUACUUCAGAUGGUUGUGUUAACAUGACAAAACUGCCAAGGGAAACACACGAAAUUGAGGCUGUAAUGGCAGGGACACCAUGGCCGCCACCUACAAAGUGAAAGACCAUUAAUAGGAUGGUAAAAUCCUACAUUCUUUCCCGUUUCCAAUAUUGCAGUAAAAAAAUGAAAUAAGAGAAAGUUCGGCUUUCAUCACUUAAUUUAAAAACCCUAGUAUUCUGAAAGAUAUUUUUAUUGUUAUCAUUAUUAGGAUAAUACUUAUAUGUUUGCUCUUUUAAACA